UUUUACUACGACUGAACCGACGGAGAGUACAGAGGUCCAACAGCUGAGCACAUUCUGCACUUCUGCUUCGUUUUGUUUUUAAAGUCCUGCCGGCCAUGGAGAGGCGACGGACAUCCGUCUGGAGGACAAAGUCCAUGUUCUGGGUCUGUUUUCUGUUUGCUGCUGCUGAAGCUAAAGUGGCACCAACCCACUCCAGCUCCUCACUGACCGUGUCUGCUGCCCACCGGUUCUACUCCUGCCCACAGGGGGUGACUGCCAAGCUGGUGUGCAACCAGAAAAAUGCCAACUUACAUCCUGAUCAGCACGUUGCUGAGCGCUGGCUCUUCACGCCCCACACCGACCUGCACUGUAAACCUGGGGGAACCCCACGCCAUGUCACCCGCAAAGGCCAAGCCUCGCAACUGGGCGUGGAGGUGGGCCAUUCGAAUGAAAACAUGUGGGUGAUUCUCAGGAAUGUGACCCACGCCGACCAGGGCCGCUACUGCUGCCUAGCCCUGGGCGGUAAGAUCGAUCACGGCCAUCAGUCAGUCGAGAGCCACAGCCACAUCGUCCUUCAAGUUACACCAAAGAGAGAUGGGGUGACCAACUGCACGUUCUGGGAUCCCGCACCUCCGCCAGCAGCCUCGGUGCCCGUGGCUUUAGCCUUAGCUGCUUGCAUUCUGGCUCUGCUGUCGCUGCCUCUUAUUCUGGUCCUGGUCUACAAACAGCGAGAGAAUUCACGGUCAAACAGACGUGGACAGGAGCUGGUGCGGAUGGACAGUGAAGCUCAGGGCCACGAGAAUCCAGUGUUUCUGGGCGGAUCCCCGCAGAUAAAGACCCGGACUGUUUCUCAGAUCCUGACCCGGCAGCCCUCUGAGACCAGUCGCCACUUACUGUCGGACCCGGGAACGCCCUUCUCUCCUCCCGCACAUGGCGACGUCUUCUUCCCAUCCGAAGACGUCAUCCCUGAGACUCCGGACCUGGUGCAGAUUUAAAGCCCGUUCUUCACCUAAACUGUUGACCUGGAAAGAUUCCUGCAGCUCUUCUGUUCUUCCCUUCAUUUUAAUACCCAUACUAUCCUCAUGAGCUCUCUCACAGUAACUGCAUAAACACUUAUUGUUCCUGUCUGGAUUUGUCAUCUGUUCGUUGUCUGGACUGCAGGAGGGAGGAGCGCUGCGUUUCUGACCCACAUACCAUUUCCACCUGCAACAACAUCUGCAGGCCAACGGGUUGCAUCUGAUCUUCAGGCCAAACUCUGACAACAGCUUACAGACCUGGCUCUGCCGUGUCUUUCGUUAACCCUGUGUUGAGAGUGGGAGUCUUGCUCCGAGCAGGCAGAGAGUGAUCUACUCAGCUUUUAGAGGAAAUCAUUUAAGCAGCAAGUUCUUGUGAGCUCAAAUCCCCAGAGUUCAAAUGCAUCGCCUGAUCUCUGUUCUCUGUCAUGUGAACUUUCUACUGUCAAACCUCUUAUUGUGAAUGCAGCAGUUUUCUUUUGCUGGUCAUUAGAAACUGUCAGAUAAGCAGUUUCAUAAAAUCACCUGUCAUUGUAGAGUUCAUGUUCAUACAGGAAUCAAACCAACAGACUCUGAAGCUCCUGUCAAAACUCUUAAAGCAGGACUUCUGGCCAUCUAUCUGAUUUCUGAAAGGACCAAAGCAGCAAGAAGGGUUAAAGUCAACCCACAAUGUUAUGCUUCUCAGCUUCCAAACCAGGACUCAGCAGGACUUUUAGCUGGCAUUGAUGGCCUCUUUUACAAAAUACUUAAAGCAAAGACUGCGACAUCUUCUGGCUGGGUUUGUGUGUAAGGUAAGAGGGGUGCCAGUCAAACUGAGUCGCCAAGCGAGGUAAAGGUAAAGAUUAACAGGAUGCAGCCAUCAGCUCUUUCAUCAAACAGUUCAGUGGACUUGUGGCUCCAACGUGGUAAAGGCGGCAGAAAGUCAUUGUGCCGUUUUGUGCCUCAGAGACGCCAAACACAGCAGAAAUACUCGACGUACCAAAGGGUUAGGGCUCUACAGCGUUAUGUAGCAAUAGUCUUAUUUUACAGACAGACUCAGUUUGUAUUUGCUAACAGAACCACCAAUCAAUGCAGCGACGAUACCUCAACAGUCGACUUGUGUGAGGUUUAUUGGCUUUGUGGCCUGAGGGUUUGAUGUAGAGCUUGUCUGUGCCACCAGAUGAACACAAGAUUUAACAUAAAACAACCAGACCGAGCACUUAAUUCAGACUGGGGGCGUGUUGGAGCCACUGGUGGGCAGAUGAGUCUGGUGCGGGUCGUUCAGGGCAGAACUCAUUGGUGACCAAUGAGCUAAGACAAACACUGGUCUUAUUAUUCUCUAUUGAAUUUCCAAUGGAGAGGCACUGAUGUGCAUCAGAGGCACCAGUUGGUCCCAACAUCCAUUCCCCAGUGAGUAGAAACUUCUUGAUGGCAGUUUGCAGGAGAUACUUGUUGCUUUAUGAUUGAACUGUUUUGUGAAAGAGGUUUUAGGUGCGAUGAGACCAAAUAUCUCCAAAACGUGGCAUUACAUUUCUUUUUGUAUGAUUUCUCCUCUGCAUUUCUUUCUUCCUUUGUGCUACCUCAGACACGUACCGCCUGUUUCUCUGAAUACUUUCCUUCUGUCCUGUACUUUUACAACUGCAUCAUAGCCUUAAACAUUCGUGUAUAAUUAAAAAUAGAUUUCAUUUUUUCGAGGAAGGUUUAAUUGUUGUCUCUGUGUAUAAUUAUGGAGAAAAAUAUUUCGUUUUUCUUGAAUGUAGCCUCACAGAUACCACCAAAACAAACAAACCAAAAUCUUCCAGGAGUUGAGACUCUUCCUCUGGAUUUCACUGUGUUCAUGUCCAUCAGGGUAAAGGUUCAAUCCUACUUUUUAUGUGUGCAAUGAGGUCUGAUAAGCCAAAACUGUUAAAUACUUUGAACAAAAGAUUUGAAACGUCAGUCGUUGCAACGCUGACAUGUUAGUGCUUCACUUUGCCCACAUCUGACUGUGUUAACCCACUGCUAGUGUUAUUUUUAAACUGGGGUGAAAUGCGUACAGCUGGUGCCAAGCGGAAAUCAUCUGAAGAAGAAAAUGUUUAACAGGUUUAUAGGACAGGGUAACAUUUUGUUUUGCUUAGCCGUGAGUUUGUGGGUGUAUAUUUGUGUGUAUAGAAGGGAUUAAAGUUUUAAGAAUUGAUUUCUGGAAUCCCUGAAAAAUAUUUUUUGUACACUUGAUGACUUUUAUAUUGUGUCUGUGUGUUUUUAUACUGUAAAAAGCUUGCAUGAGAGGAUGUUUCUUGCUUUUAAACAGCCCUCCUGGUAUCCUGCACAAUAAAAAUGAAACUCUCGGAUCA